ACCUGGUCUUGAACAGCAAACCGGACUCCCCACCCCUGACGCCAUGUGCCAUUACAGCGACUACUACGGAGGCCUGGGCUACGGCUGCGGAGGCUUUGGCGGCCUGGGCUUUGGCCGUGGCUGUGGAUGCGGCAGCUUCCGCUCGCUGGGCUUCGGCUCUGGCUUUGGAGGCUACGGAUGUGGCUCUGGUUUCGGAAGCUUUGGCUAUGGCUGCUGCCACCGUCCACUGUUCUUUAGAAGAUGUGGCUUCUCCAGCUUCUACUAAACUCUGGCUCUAGUAACCCAACAUCUGCUACCAUGAGUGGAUUUGAAACAGCGUUAUUCGGUCAAAGAACUGAAAUUUCCCUAGGCCUAUAUACACCCAAACUUUAAGAAUUUCAGAGAAUUUAUUACUUAUUUGUUAGUUAUAAGCAUCUCUGUCUCAUGUUUCCUGGAAUUUGUUAGCCUGGGCCCUAAGAAAUGACUGAUGUUGACGACCAAUAAAUUAUCUAAUUGGAAAUACAAA